ACGAACAUUGAAAUGGCGCGUACGAAACAAACAGCUCGUAAAUCUACCGGUGGGAAAGCUCCUCGCAAACAGUUGGCCACGAAAGCAGCUCGAAAGAGUGCCCCUGCCACUGGUGGUGUAAAGAAGCCUCAUCGUUACCGCCCCGGUACUGUCGCUCUUCGUGAGAUCCGCCGCUACCAAAAGUCUACUGAGCUUCUGAUCCGCAAACUGCCAUUCCAGCGCUUGGUCAGAGAAAUCGCCCAAGAUUUCAAGACAGACUUGCGUUUUCAGAGCUCCGCCGUUAUGGCUUUGCAGGAGGCAAGCGAGGCUUACUUGGUGGGUCUAUUCGAAGACACCAACUUGUGUGCCAUUCAUGCUAAGCGAGUUACCAUCAUGCCUAAGGAUAUCCAGUUAGCCCGUCGUAUCCGAGGAGAACGUGCUUAAACGAUACUUGAUUCAGUCGGA